AUGGAAGCGGAUAUCAGAGCUGUGCUACCCAACAUCGACCCCGUGGUCACCCAAUACUCCGUAGGCUACCUUACCCAUGCUUCGAUGGCUUACUCGGAUGAGGAGGAGACAUCUGGAGAGUCUCCUCUGAACGAAGCUGCUUCCGCCAUCACUGAGCUACUGCUGUCCGCAUCAGGCCAGGUCAACCCCGAGCUUGAAGAAAAGAUCAAGCAGCUUGUCGAGAAAUGGGUAAACAAGUACACAGAGUCCAAUGGAGCCCAGAUUAAAGGACCAUCGAUGGUCAGACGUCUCGACCAAACCAUUCAAGUGAGCCAGCAGCGCAACAUGUCAUCCACAUUGGCUGUGGCGACCGGUGGCGUGGAUCUCGAGUCUGCGAACGCAAGGAAGGUUGAGUCCAAGGUUGAUCGCAAGAAGCUCGAAAAGGCAGAGCGCAAGAUCGCAGCCAAGCAGCAAAAGAAGACAUACAAGGUCGUCGAGUACGAGGCCUCUAAACUUCUCGACCAGCCCGAGUCGACACAGUCAUACGAAGAGUUCUACAUGGCUGUCAAUCCUCUGCAACUGGGUGGAGGCUCUUCCAACAAGUCCAAGGACAUCAAAUUGGACAACAUCGAUGUGUCUAUCAGUGGAACCCGUAUUCUUACAGACACAACUCUUACUCUUGCCUACGGUCAUCGGUAUGGUCUGGUUGGUAACAACGGUGUUGGUAAAUCUACUCUGCUUCGAGCACUGUCUCGUCGUGAGGUUGCUAUUCCCCUGCACAUUUCCAUUCUGCACGUCGAGCAGGAAAUUACUGGUGAUGACACCCCAGCUAUACAGGCAGUUUUGGAUGCCGAUGUUUGGCGCAAGGUUCUUCUGAAGGAGCAAGAACAAAUCACCGCUCGACUUGCAGAGUUGGAGCAACAACGAUCUUCUCUGGCCGACACAUCUGCCGAAUCGGCGAGAAUCGAUCGCGAUAGAGAGGCUCAGGAUACUAAAUUGGGAGAUGUUCAAGCCAAGUUGGCCGAGAUGGAAUCUGACAAGGCCGAACCACGAGCUGCUAGUAUCCUUGCUGGUCUCGGUUUCUCAGCAGAGCGACAGCAGUUUGCUACCAAGACGUUCUCUGGUGGUUGGAGAAUGCGCCUGGCUCUUGCUCGAGCCCUGUUCUGUGAGCCUGACUUGCUUCUUCUUGACGAACCGUCCAACAUGUUGGAUGUCCCUUCGAUCACUUUCUUGUCCAAUUACCUCCAAACCUACCCCAGCACUGUUCUCGUCGUUUCUCACGACAGAGCGUUCCUCAACGAGGUUGCUACCGACAUUAUCCACCAGCACUCACAACGUCUCGACUACUACCGUGGAGCCAACUUCGAUAGCUUCUACUCCACUCGCGAGGAGCGCAAGAAGGUUGCCAAACGAGAGUACGAGACCCAGAUGGUACAGCGAGCCCAUCUGCAGGCCUUUAUCGACAAGUUCCGUUACAACGCCGCCAAAUCGUCAGAAGCCCAGUCACGUAUCAAGAAGCUCGAGAAGAUGCCUAUCCUCGAAGCUCCCGAGGCCGAGUACAGCGUCAAAUUUACUUUCCCCGAAGUCGAGAAGCUAUCGCCCCCUAUCGUGCAGAUGUCUGAGGUUACUUUUGGUUACAACAAGGACAACGUCUUGCUCCGCAACGUUGACUUGGAUGUUCAGCUGGAUUCUCGAAUCGGAAUUGUUGGACCCAACGGUGCUGGUAAGACAACUAUUCUCAAGCUUCUCAUUGGCAAAUUGGACCCAUCCUCUGGUUUGAUCUCUCAACAUCCUCGCCUCCGAAUUGGAUUCUUUGCUCAGCACCACGUCGAUGCCCUUGACCUCGCCGAUAGCGCUGUCGGUUUUAUGUCCAAGAACUACCCCGGACGAACAGAUGAGGAGUACCGUCGCCGACUUGGUGCCUUCGGUAUUACCGGAACAACCGGUCUGCAGAAGAUGGGACUGCUGUCUGGAGGUCAGAAGUCUCGUGUCGCCUUUGCUUGCUUGGCUCUUACAAAUCCCCACAUUUUGGUUCUUGACGAGCCUUCUAACCAUCUGGAUAUCGAGGCCAUGGACGCUUUGGCCGAGGCGCUCAAUGAGUUCCAAGGUGGCGUGCUGAUGGUGUCUCACGACGUCACAAUGUUGCAGACGGUGUGUAAGUCGUUGUGGGUUUGUGAUGGAGGCACUGUUGAGAAGUUUCCCGGCGAUGUCCAGGCGUACAAGAAGAGGAUUGCCGCGCAAGCUGAUGCCUCGGGUGUUGUUAAGCAGCAUUAA